CUGGGACGGAGCAUGCUCAGAUCGCCCGGGCAGGCAGCUGAUGGGGAGCCGCGUGUGAGAUUACAGCGGAGCGAGCGGGCAGCUGCGGCUUCGCGCCGAGCUCGCUCCGGCGCGGGGCGAACGGAGGAGGCGCCGCCGAAUGGGAUUGCCGCCGCCGCCGCCGCCUCGGAGCUCUCCGCGCAAGGGGCACUCGCCACUCCGCGGUGCUGGCUCCCUCCUGACCCGGGAGAGCGGCGCGGAGGGGGGGUAACCUGCACACCUGGGCGCCUCCUGACCUCCGCUGCCCGCCCCGGCAGGAUUACAGGAGCAGGGGGAAGGCAGAGCCCGCCCGGUGCCGGCCGUUCCUGGGCUCGGCCAUGUGCCUGGGUACUUAGCGAGGAGGAAAGCCUGCAGCCGGGGGAGGGGGCAGGAUAUUUUGUUUGGGGGGCGGAGGGGGAGCCCCGCUCUCCAGCUGGCUGUGUGACAGAAGGAAGCAGCCUCCUCCCCCCUGGUGGGGAUGAAGGCACCAACUUGGAGAGGCAGCCCCAGUGGCUUGGUCUCCGGGGCUGGGAGGUUGGCCCCCAUGGCUGAAUAGGACCCUCCCACUCCCACCAUGGAUCUGCUGGUGCUGAUGAACAUCAGUGUUGGCACCCCCAAUGGCUCCGUUGCCUUCCCCUCCACUUCGCCCCUGCAGCAGCCUCCCUCCCACUACUCCCCUGGGGCUGUGGCCAGUUUGGCAGCUGUGGUGGGUUUCCUGAUAGUCUUCACCAUCGUGGGCAACGUGCUGGUGGUGAUCGCCGUGCUGACCAGCAAGGCGCUGCGAGCCCCGCAGAACCUCUUCCUGGUGUCCUUGGCCAGCGCUGACAUCCUGGUGGCCACCUUGGUCAUGCCUUUCUCCUUGGCCAACGAGAUCAUGGACUACUGGUACUUCGGCAAAGCGUGGUGCAACAUUUACCUGGCGCUGGAUGUGCUGUUCUGCACAUCCUCCAUAGUGCACCUGUGCGCCAUCAGCCUGGACAGGUAUUGGUCUGUCACCCAGGCGGUGGAGUACAACCUCAAACGGACCCCACGGAGGAUCAAGGGGAUCAUCCUCACUGUCUGGCUCAUCUCAGCUGUUAUCUCCUUCCCCCCCUUGAUCUCCGUGUACCGAGACCCCGAGGAGGACCUCUUCCCCCUGUGCAAACUCAAUGAUGAAACCUGGUACAUCCUCUCUUCGUGCAUUGGCUCCUUCUUCGCCCCCUGCCUGAUCAUGGUGCUGGUUUAUGUCCGCAUCUACCGGGUGGCCAAGCUGAGGACCAGGACCCUUUCUGAGAAGCGCACGGUGCCUGAGGGCUCUUCCCUGUCUGAGAAUGGGCUGAGCCGGGCCCCUCGGGGUUGCACGUCACUGAGGAUGCAGCCAGGGGAGAAUGGACAUUACUCGGUGCACCAGUGGCGCAAAGCCUCAGAGCUGGAGGACAUUGAGCUGGAGGAGAGCAGCACCUCAGAGAGCAGGCGGAGGCGGAGCCGGGAUGAGCACCCCCGCAAAAGCAGUAAGAGCCAGUCCUUCUCAUAUUCCUACUCUUCCAAGCGCUCCAGCAAUCGCUCCAGGGAUCUCUUCUCCUCUCACCGCCGCAGGAAGCGCAGCAGCGUCUGCCGUAAGAAGGUCACCCAGGCCCGGGAGAAACGCUUCACGUUUGUGCUGGCUGUGGUCAUGGGGGUCUUUGUGGUGUGCUGGUUCCCCUUCUUCUUCAGCUACAGCCUCUAUGGCAUAUGCCGGAAGGCAUGUGAGGUCCCUGAGACUCUCUUCAAGUUCUUCUUCUGGAUCGGGUACUGCAAUAGUUCCCUCAACCCGGUCAUCUACACAAUCUUCAACCAGGACUUCCGCAGGUCUUUCAAACACAUCCUCUUCAAGAGGAAGAAGAAGAAUUUUUUGCACUGAGCUGGAGUGGAGGGGAAGGGUCUGCACUGACCUUGGGAGUGGAGAGGAGAGGAGAGGGGCCUGAGUGCUGGAGUAGAGUAGUGAAGAAGUGGGGGAUGUGAGUAAGGGUGUGAGUUCACUGACCUUGGAGUGGAGUGAAGUGGGGGUGGGGGAACCAGUGUUUGAGUAAAGAGGGAUAAAUAAUGAAGGGGAGGGGAGAUGAAUUUGCAUUUUGACCUUGGAGGGGAGGUGGGGAACCAUAAAGAAGAGGGUGGGACAUUAUGUUUCAGGCAUGACCACAACUGUAAAGGUCUCUGAGGUCUAGAAGCCAAUCAAUCAAAGAUGGGGAGAGGGAGGGAUGGGUUGGUGGUGGAGUGGGAGAUUUAUUAGCAGGUGUUUAUUAGCAGUUAGAGAAGCUGGGACUUGUGCUGGACUCAUCCCAGGAAGAAACCAGGUUUUACUGGUGAGGUGGGGGACAAGUGAGAAAGAAGAUGCCAGGUAAUAGCCACUGACAGUCUUUGAUAGUCUGAAAGGAUUUAAGUGUUUGCCAAAAAAAAUUCUAAAGAACAAUCCAAACUCUUUUCUAAAUAAACCUUUGUACUCUAAA